AUCGACCGGACGGCCGCGGUCGCUGACGACUGAGGUGAUCGACGAACGCCGCGCGAGGGACCACCGGGGGCGAUGGCGAACGACGAGUGGGCCGCGGGCGCGGACGGGAGCGACGACGAAGACCUCCCGCCUCUCCCACCCGCCGCGGACUGGGCCGCGGAGGACGACGAGGACGACGACCUCCCGCCGAUAACCGCGGACUGGGCUCGCGCGCCGACGCCGCCUCCGCUCGUCGCGUCCACGAACGCCGUCGCGUUCAAGCCUCGCGAUCGAUCGACGGCUGCGCCGGCGAUGCACGCCGCGGCGUCGCCGUGGAGCCGCCGCGGCGACCGCGACGAAACCCGCGGCGCGGGACGGGACGGGGACUCGGGGGGCGCGCCCCGCGCGGCGCCGUCGCGCGCGCCGAUCCAUCGCGAGGAUUCGAGACAUUUUUUAUCCACCGCCGUGGACUUCGACUCGCGCGACGGCGCCGGCUGGCGCGUCAAACCGGGCGCCGCGAAGAGAGAAUCGCCGUCCCCCGGGACAGUCGCAGCGGCGCCGUCCGCAGCAGCGCCCGCGCCGGCCGCGGAGGUGCACUACCCCUCCCGGGACGAGCAACGCGCCGCGGCGGCGAAGAAGGAAGAGUUGGAAAGUUGGAAACUCGCGCGAGAGCCGCUGACGGCGUUCUUCAGCAAGGCGCCCAAGGGCGAGCCGUACCCGCCGACCGCGUGCCGCGAACUCCUGUCGUCGCUGUCGGAGACGCCUCUCGCGGAGGGGCGCUUGAACCCGCUCGCGAAGAGGGCGUUCGAGGUGGUGUCGCACGCGCCGAAGCCCGGGGCGACGCCGCGCGACGCCGCGGCGCUCGAGCAACUCGUGCGAGGCGUCGUGAACCCUCUGUACCACCUCACGACGUACGGCGUCCAGGCUGCCGACGGCGGCGUCGUCGCCGCGACGAUCGCGGAGCAGAUGCACAAGGCUGCGGUGAAGCUCGUGAACGCGGCGCUGGAGAUUCUCGCCGCGGGGCAGGCGACGAGAGACGUCGUCGAGAGCGCCAAGGGCAUCGUCGUCGUCCGCGAGCAAGUCGCGGCGCUGCUCGGCGGGAAAGGGCCGGGCGGGGGGAAGGGGGAUAAAGACCUCGGCGCGCGCAAGGCCAAGGGGGCGGGAUCGUCGUCCGGAGCCGGAGGGAGCUGGGGCGGGGAUCGAGGCGAUCGAGGCGGCGGCGGGUACCAACCCGCGGUGAUGACCCGCGGCGGCGAUCGCGGGGGAGGACCGACGCCGCCCCGCGACGCCGGCGCCGGAGCUGGCGCCGCCGCCGCCAAGUCGAAUCCGUUCGGCGCCGCGCGGCCGGUGGAGGUGAAGUGGGACGAGAAAGAGAGCGAGUCGAGGCGCAGGAGCUUGGACGCGGCGCCCGGGAAGGUCACGCCGAACCCGAGGACGACGAAGGGUGGGGAGGGCGGAGGGACGUCGAGGCCGUCGCCGAGGACGACGUCGCCGCCGACGCGCGGCGACCGCCGGUCGUCCACCGGGUCGAGGCACGUCGGCGGCAACGAGGUCUACGACGCGGAGGACGGCGCUCACGGGAGCGGCGGACGGCGUGUCGUGCGCGUCAAGGUGGUCACCCCGAAAGUCGUGAUUCAUCGACCGUUCGAGAGCCCGGAGUCGACGGGCGGGAAGGGCGGGAGAGGCGCGAAAGGGUCGCCGCCCGCCGCGGAGCCUCGGUCUGGGGGUAAAUCCUCCGUCGGCGCGAACGCGAACGCGAACGCGAACGCGAACGCGAACGCGAACGCGAGCGGGAAGAAGAGCGGCGGCGGCGGUGGCGGCUCCGCGUCGAAGCACGAGUUGCCUCACCCGAAGCUCGGAGACGCGUCGUCCGCGAAGAGCGCGAUUCCGCAUCCGAAGACGUCGACGGACGCGGCGCACCCGCCGCCGAAACCGAAAGGCGGCGGCAAGGAGAAACCGCCCGGGGGUAACAAAACCAAGGACGACCACCUGGACUUGUUGGAGAGGGAGAUAGAGAAGGCGACGAUAAGCAAGAAAGGGAAAGGGAAAGCGAGCGCGGCGGGCGGCGCGAGCGGCGCGAAGCCGCACGAGCUGCCGCACCCGAAACCCGCGCCGCCGCCGCCGCCGGGCCCGCCGCCGGUGCCGCCCGGUCCGCCGCCGCCUCACCCCAACAAGGAGCUGCCACACCCGAAACCGUCGACGACGUCGGCCCCACACGCGGGAAUACCCGCGCCGAAAGUCGCGGGGCCGAAGCCGCCGCCGGGGAAGCCGCUGCCGCCGCCGCCCGCCGCGGCGUCGCCGUCGCCCGCGGCGCCGUCGCCGGCGCCGCCUCCGGCGCCGCGAAGCGGAGGCGUCAGCCGCCACAACAGCGGCGACGAGCUCGAUCACAUCUUGAACGAGGAGCUCGAGAAAGCUGAGGGCGGGGCGAAGCGUUCGGGGCGUCACCGAGGCAACCGCGCGAAGCCCGCGAAGUGAGCGAGGAAGGAAGGAAGACCGCGUCGAUUCGAUAACUCAAAAUUAAUUCAGUAUACGUACACCGACGACCAUUUCGGCGUACUGU